AGGGAAAAAGACCCCAAGAACAAUUCACAAAACGAAGAAAGAAAUUCGUCUUUCGUCCCAAAAAAUCUGUCUUUAGCCUUUUCUUUUCUUUCAUUUAUUUAAAAUCUCGUCGUUUACACGUUGAGAAUCAACAUCAAUUAUCGGAUUGGUUCAGUUAGUAAGUCUUGAAAUGUUUUGCAAUUGUCUUGGAGCCAGGUAUUUAUUUUGCUGAUAAUAAUGGCGGGUCAGAGGAAUAGCUAUGUGAAGCGGGCUCAUUCUCAGUCUGAUAAUUCUGAGAAUGGAUCAUAUAAGAGGAGAAAUGCAGGUGAUGACAGGGAACAAUUUGUUAUUGGCUCAGAUGAUACCGUCUAUCGGUAUUUGUGCCCUGCGAGAAAGAUAGGAAGCAUUAUUGGAAGGGGAGGGGAGAUUGUUAAGCAAUUAAGGGCAGACACCAAAUCGAAGAUUAGAAUUGGUGAGUCAGUUCCUGGUUCCGAGGGGCGUGUGGUAACUAUCUACAGCUCUAGAGACGAGACAAAUGCCCUUGAAGAUGGGGACACUUUUGUUUCUCCUGCACAAGAUGCUUUAUUCCGGGUGCAUGACAAAGUUGUUGCUGAAGAUCUGCACAGUGAUGAAGAUUUUGAAGGCCGCCAAAUUUCUGCUCGGCUUCUUGUAUCUUCUGAUCAGAUUGGAUAUAUCAUAGGAAAGGGUGGACAGAUUGUUCAGAACAUACGUAGUGAAACUGGUGCCCAGAUUCGCAUUCUUAAGGAUGAUUUACCUUAUUGUGCCUUGCCUUCAGAUGAACUUGUACAGAUAUCUGGGGAAGCUGCUGUUGUGAAAAGGGCUCUGCAUCAAAUUGCAUCUCGCCUUCAUGAGAAUCCUUCACGAACUCAGCACUUGCUUGCUUCUGCUGUGUCCAAUGCAUAUCCUGCUGGUGGUGCAAUGCUUGGUCCUUCUGCUGGUGCCCAGGUUGUAGGGUUAACUUCAUUGGUUGGUCCAUAUGGACGAUACAAAGGUGACACUGGAGAAUGGCCACGCUCCAUGUACUCAGCUCCAAGGGAUGAGAAGUCAUCAAAAGAAUUUUCUCUUCGUUUGGUUUGUCCAACUGCUAAUAUUGGAGGUGUGAUUGGCAAAGGUGGUGCCAUAAUCAACCAGAUCAGGCAGGAUUCAGGUGCAGCGAUCAAAGUAGAUAGCACAAGUACUGAUGGAGAUGAUUGCAUAAUAACUAUAUCAGCUAAAGAGUUCUUUGAGGAUACAUUUUCACCUGCUAUUGAAGCAUCUGCACGGUUGCAACCUAGAUGCAGUGAGAAGAUUGAAAGAGACUCUGGAAUUAUAUCAUUCACAACCCGUUUACUUGUGCCAACUUCACGUAUUGGCUGCCUUAUUGGUAAAGGUGGAGCUAUUGUAACUGAGAUGAGAAGGAUUACAAAAGCUAAUAUCCGUAUCUUGUCAAAGGAAAACCUUCCAAAAAUAGCAUCUGAAGAUGAUGAGAUGGUUCAGAUUUCUGGAGACCUUGAUGUUGCUAAGGAUGCCCUGGUACAAGUAACAACGCGGUUAAGAGCCAAUCUUUUUGAUAGGGAAGGUUCUGUUUCUGCAUUAGUGCCAGUCUUGCCAUAUCUUCACAUGCCAACUGAAGGAACAAACAGCUUGAGUUAUGAAAGUAGAGAGGGCAAGAGACAUGGGCGUCUGCAUACUUAUUCUGGUGGUUAUGGCUCCAGUGAUUUAGCUGCUAGUGACAGCUAUGGAAGUUAUGGUGGCCUCCAGAUUGGUAAUAGUUCCAGUGCUUAUGGAGCUUAUUCUUCAGGGCGUGGUGGUCCUGGGUUAUCAAGCCAUAACCCUGUUUCCCGGCGCUAAAAUCACGGUUACUAAAAUUCUGUGAAUUGCUGGUUUAUGAAGCCUGAAGCCAGCCUACUGCUUACUUUGCUGAAGCCUGCCUAAACCUGAAGACCAGAUGAACCAUGGUUUGACAUACUCAUGGCCCACCCUGUUGCAACUACCUAGAAGGACCAAAUAUAUGUGAAGAUCUUACUAUUCUCUUUGAAAUUUUCCAUGUCCAUGACACCAAAAACACCAAGCUCUGUUAUAUGUGCUCCCCAAGAACCUAGUUAGCCGGCAUGCUUGUUGCAGACUUUUAUUUCCUUAUUUUGUUGUUUCUGCUUUUUAGUUUGCAUUUGUCUAGAGGUUCUAAACCUUGUACCUUCUUCCAUCCACUGGCAGUUGUACUGAGAGUGCUGAGUUUAUUAUCUGACAUUUGUCUUCUUCAUUUCCUUAAUUUCGCUGGUUGUCUUAAUUUAUGAUUGAA